CACACCUCCACAUCUCCACGGCAGUUCGGUGUUGUCUCUCGUGUGUUGUUGAGGUGCUCGUUCCAAACUUAAGACACCAAAGUAAUUUACAUUAAAAGAAAUAAAUAAUUUGAUAAAGAGACAACACCGCCAGAAAGAUGCUGGUUAGGUUGGUUACAGGUUGUGCAGGACGAAGGGCUGUGGGAUGGCAAUCGAGAUCGUACUCGUCCAAGCCAACUCGAUCGGUCGAAUACAAACCGAUUCGAAGUGUUUUAGUAGCAAACAGAGGAGAAAUUGCUGUAAGAGUUUUCCGGGCUUGUAACGAAUUGGGUAUAAAAUCGGUUGCGAUUUAUUCUAAAGAAGAUCGGUUGUUAACUCAUAGAUUAAAGGCUGAUGAGAGUUAUUUGGUUGGAGAAGGUCUUCCUCCGGUACAGGCUUAUUUAAAUAUUCCGGAAAUUAUUAAAGUUUGCGUUGAUAAUGGUGUUGACGCGGUUCAUCCUGGUUAUGGAUUCCUCUCUGAAAGAUCAGAUUUUGCACAAGCUGUUGAAGAUGCUGGAAUACGAUUUAUUGGGCCAUCUCCGAAAGUUGUACAACAAAUGGGUGAUAAAGUAGCUGCGAGAGCGGCUGCGAUAGCUGCUGGAGUUCCAAUCGUUCCUGGAACUGAUGGGCCUAUUACAACUAAAGAAGAAGCAAAAGAAUUUUGCGCAAAACACGGUCUUCCAGUUAUUUUCAAAGCUGCUUUCGGUGGUGGAGGUAGAGGUAUGCGUGUUGUUCGGAAAAUGGAAGAUGUUGAAGAGAAUUUCGUGAGAGCCUCUUCGGAAGCUAAAUCAGCAUUCGGCGAUGGUUCCAUGUUUAUCGAAAAAUUCAUCGAACGUCCGAGACACAUUGAAGUACAACUUUUAGGUGAUAAAGCCGGAAACGUUGUACAUUUAUACGAAAGAGAUUGUUCGGUGCAAAGGAGACAUCAAAAGGUUGUUGAAUUAGCUCCUGCACCACAUCUAGAUCCUAAAGUUCGCGAUCGUAUGACUGAGUAUGCUGUUAAAUUGGCUCAACACGUUGGUUAUUCCAAUGCUGGAACCGUUGAAUUUUUGGCGGACGAAAAAGGAAACUUUUAUUUCAUUGAAGUAAACGCUAGAUUACAAGUAGAACAUACAGUCACUGAAGAAAUAACAGGAGUUGAUUUGGUUCAAUCUCAAAUUAGGGUCGCUGAAGGAAUGACUCUUCCUGAAUUAGGUUUAUUCCAAAAAUCGAUAAGUACAAAUGGUUUUGCUAUUCAGUGCAGGGUAACUACUGAAGAUCCAGCUAAAAAUUUCCAACCCGAUACAGGAAGAAUCGAAGUAUUUAGAUCUGGUGAAGGUAUGGGUAUCCGUUUGGAUGGUGCUUCCGCAUUUGCAGGAGCAAUUAUUACUCCAUAUUACGAUUCUUUACUUGUAAAAGUAAUAGCGCAUUCUAAGGACUUACAAUCAGCAUGCGCAAAAAUGACAAGAGCUCUUCGAGAAUUCAGAGUGCGAGGUGUCAAAACUAACAUUCCUUUCUUAUUAAACGUGUUGGAGAAUCAAAAAUUCGUUAACGGCGCCGUUGAUACUUAUUUCAUCGAUGAAAAUCCUCAAUUAUUCAAUUUUGCACAAACACAAAACAGAGCACAAAAAUUAUUGAAUUAUCUCGCUCAAGUUUUAGUAAAUGGACCGCAAACACCUUUAGCUACACCAAAUAAACCGGCAGAAAUUAAACCACAUGUCCCAGAAAUUUCAAAAGCGUACUUGAGUGCCACCGCAGACGACAGACCAAAUAUACAACCGCCGAAAGGUUUACGACAAAUCUACAAAGACCAAGGUCCUGAAGCUUUUGCAAAAGCUGUCAGGAAUCAUAAAGGACUUCUUCUUAUGGACACAACGUUCAGAGAUGCACAUCAAUCUUUAUUGGCGACAAGAUUAAGAACGCACGAUCUUUUGAAAGUAUCUCCGUAUGUGGCUCACAAUUUCAGCAAUUUAUACUCAAUGGAAAAUUGGGGUGGAGCCACUUUCGAUGUAGCUUUACGUUUCUUACACGAAUGCCCAUGGGAAAGAUUAGAAGAGAUGAGAAAAUUAAUCCCGAACAUUCCAUUCCAAAUGUUAUUAAGAGGUGCUAAUGCUGUUGGAUAUACAAACUAUCCUGAUAAUGUGGUUUAUAAAUUCUGCGAUCUUUCGGUUAAAGCCGGAAUGGAUAUUUUCCGUGUUUUCGAUUCGUUAAAUUAUCUUCCAAACUUAAUCGUUGGUAUGGAUGCUGCUGGAAAAGCCGGUGGAAUCGUUGAAGCUGCCAUCUCUUAUUCUGGAGAUGUUAGUAAUCCGAAUAAGAAAAAAUACGAUCUCAAGUACUAUCUUACUUUAGCUGACGAACUCGUUAAAGCUGGUACUCACGUUUUAGCGAUUAAAGAUAUGGCUGGUUUACUCAGACCAAGAGCAGCUACUAUGUUAGUAGGUGCUAUCAGAGACAAAUUUCCAGACCUUCCUAUUCACAUUCACACUCAUGACACUAGUGGAGCUGGAGUUGCUGCUAUGUUAGCUUGUGCCGAAGCUGGAGCUGACGUUGUUGAUGUUGCUGUUGAUUCUAUGUCUGGAAUUACCAGUCAACCGAGUAUGGGAGCAAUUGUUGCUAGUUUACAAGAUACUCCUCACGAUACUAAAAUCCCACUUAACAAAAUCUCUGAAUACUCAGCUUAUUGGGAACAAACAAGAACCUUGUAUGCUCCAUUUGAAUGUACUACAACUAUGAAAUCAGGAAAUGCUGAUGUUUAUACUAAUGAAAUUCCUGGAGGACAAUAUACUAAUUUGCAAUUCCAAGCUUAUUCUUUAGGUCUUGGAGAUUUCUUUGAAGAUGUUAAAAAGGCUUAUGCUGAAGCAAAUAUUUUAUUAGGUGACUUAAUCAAAGUAACCCCAUCAUCGAAAGUUGUAGGAGAUCUUGCACAAUUCAUGGUACAAAAUAAACUUUCCGCGCAAGACGUAAUGGAUAAAGCUGAAGAACUUUCAUUCCCUAAAUCGGUCGUUGAGUUCCUUCAAGGUUCUAUUGGACAACCCUACGGUGGAUUCCCGGAACCUUUAAGAAGUAAAGUCUUGAAGAAUAUGCCAAGAAUUGAUGGAAGACCUGGUGAAUCAAUGCCACCAUUUGAUUUCGAAAAAUUAAAGAAAGAGCUUCAAGAAGUUUUCCCAACUGUUGAUGAAAUGGAUGUUAUGUCAGCCGCUUUAUAUCCUCAAGUAACAAAAGAUUUCUUAGCUUUCCACCAACAAUACGGUCCGGUUGAUAAAUUAGAUACAAGAAUGUUUUUGGUUGGACCAAAAGUAGGUGAAGAAUUUGAAGUAACCAUUGAAAAAGGUAAAACUUUAGGAAUUAAAACGUUAGCUAUGGCCGAAGAUCUUACCGAACAAGGAGAGAGAGAAGUCUUUUUCGAACUCAACGGUACUUUGAGAUCGGUAUUUAUUAGAGAUAAAGAUGCUGGAAAAGAAAUUCACGUCCAUCCUAAAGCUGAUAAAGCUAACAAGUCCCAAGUUGGUGCUCCAAUGCCUGGAACUGUUAUUGAUGUUAGGGUUAAACCUGGAGAUAAAGUUGAAAAAGGAACUCCAUUGGUUAUUCUUUCUGCCAUGAAAAUGGAAACUGUUGUUCAAAGCCCCGUGGCCGGUAAAGUGAAAACGGUUGAAAUUAAAAUGGGAAUGAAAUUAGAAGCUGAAGAUCUGUUGAUUACCGUAGAAUAAAAGAAAAAUGGAAAUGGAGAGAAAAUAAGUGUUACUGAACGUUUUGAAGACUUUUGGGUGCGGACCUCAUAUUUUUCUUGGGGACGCACGUCUACUUAUGCGUUGAUUUGUAGAUUUCGUUGUUAAUUUUUACACAAGUUAUAAUAUCCUCUAUACAGAUACUUUUAUUUCCUUUGUAAUUUUUCCAUGAAUUUUUUUGUUAUAAUUAAAUAUAUUUUUUAUACGUAGACAAA